CCUACUCCUAGGGUUCAAUUCAUCCAAUUAGCCUUUGGGUAUAUCAAUCUCAACUUCGGGUAGACCAGCGUCAGUAUCUCAAAUGACUACUCCGUCGCCAAACCGCUCUCGAAGCUCCGAGAAGAACCCGAAAAAGGCCGGGCAGACCGCGGGACAUCCAUCUUUCCAACAGUUCAAGCUUAUCUCCGUCGACUUCAAGGAGGCAGCAUUAGACUCUCCGAGUUUCCGGGCUAGUGUCAAUCAUCUUGACACACAAGUGGACAACAUUGAGAAGUGGCUUCUUGCCAUUAUUAGUACGGUGGGGAAAUUCCCACGAUAUGUCAAGGAACUCAAGACGUUUCUGGACUCAUUUUUGGAACAUCUCUCGCCAACGUUCUUACAAGAUGGACUCAUAGAACAGGAGUACACGGUACAGUCCUUACAAACGGUGACUGAGGGAAUGCACAAGCUCUGGGACAUGGCGCUUCUGGUCUUGAUGGUGACACCCGGACCAACGAACAUGUUACGGAUGGUGUUGAAGAAUGAGAUCCAACAGUACAAACAAUUGAGAGCCAAGUUUGAACUGUUGCAACAAAAGUAUGACCGGUACUUAUCGAUCUACCAACUGACCCCAAAGAUCAAGGACCCUUCCAUUGUCAUGGAGGAUGCGUACCAAUUGUAUGAAGUACGAAGAGAGUACAUCCAUGUGUGUAUUGAUCUUUCGGUAGAAUUGACCAAUUUGGGCCACACGUUGGACCGGAUGUUUGUACUGUUGACCACUGAAUUGUGGCAGUCGAAGCACCAAGCGUUUGAGAAGUUUAUCCAUUCAACCAAGUACUUCCAGGCUCUGAUGCAAAAGGUGAAUCGGAUCAAGAGUUGGUGUGAUUCCAAUGAUUUGGCACUGGAGAAGUUGUCAAGAGAUAUGAAUGCAGCACGGGUACAGGUGGAGAACUCAACCAGUUUGCAAUUCCAGCCACUGAACAACUUGAACGAUUACCGGGCCUCACUCAUCAACAACUCCAUUCUUGCCGACAUUGACGAACAAGCAUUGGAGAAACAUGGGUACCUUUUCAUGAAGACUUGGCGUGGAGGGUCAACAAAGCCCACAUGGGUCCGUAGAUGGGCCUUUAUCAAGUGUGGGGUGUUUGGGCUUUUGAACUUGAGUCCUUCGAACAAUUUCGUGCAAGAACUGGACAAGAUUGGACUUCUUGUUUGUAACGUCAAGUUUGCCGCAUACGAGGAGAGACGGUACUGUUUUGAGAUCAAGACGGUGGACUCAACGUUCCUUUUCCAAUGUGAGACCGUUCUUGAGCUCAAGUCGUGGCUCAAGGUGUUUCAAAACGAAAAGGAGCGCGUCUUGAGCAGCAAAAACGAACACGGUAGCAAUCUUCUUGCCAUUGCCCUGGGGCGAUACCCACCGAUUUUGAAAGAAUUGGCCAGCACUGUCAACACCAAGACCGACAAGCAGUUGACCAGCGGACGGAUUGUGAACAACAUGGGACAAGUGAUAGCUCUGAGUCGUCUUUCGGCACACAUUGAGAAGAAUGAACGUGAUUUCCAGAAACAUGUGUACUACGAGUUGCUUCAGAUCAGACCUCCAUUUAUUACAGACUCGACCAAGUCGGCCAUUCUUGCGUACAGUCUCGUGGAGCCCACGGCAAUGCCCACGGCUCUCACGGCGAAUAUAUGGGGGUCCAUCAACUGGGGGUUGUACUAUUUGCAUGACGCCACCAGGGAAAAUGCCACUGUUUUGGAUAGAAAGUCUGAAGUGACCCCACCAGAGCCGCUGAGCAGUGGUGGCUCUGAAAGUGGUGUAGAUGUCGAUUACCCACCAAACUAUCCAAAGGCAAUGUACCCGAAGGACAUCCAGAUGAGAGCACUUUUUGAAACAGCAGUGGAGCCCAACGAACCGUGUCUCAUCUCGUUCAGAUCGAUCUGGUCGCCCAACUCGAGACAGGAGCUUGGCGGGAGAUGUUUCCUCACCGAAAAACACAUCUACAUCUACAUGAACGCUUUGGGGUUUGUGGCGUUGUUCAAGGGGCGCGUCGAUCAGUUGGUCUCGGUAGAGCUGGUCUCACAGAGCGAUUAUGAUAUUCUCCGGAUCUACAACAUGAACGGGGUGAUCAAGAUGAAGCUCUUUUUGGACGAUGCCGUGGCGUUGAAGCGGAAGAUCACGUACUUGAUUGAGAACAACAUCAAGGACACCCCCGACACAAAGACGGUGGUGAUUGACCGGAUCUUGGAAAUCGAUACGCAACGGAAGUUGGAGUCCUUGAAGGCCGAGCAGCUGCUUUUGAACAAGGAACCGUUCCCACUGGUAGACUCGAGCCCACAGUCGGUGGAGACGAUCUCCCCGGACAAGGUUUCACUGGAGCAGAUGAAUGUGGACUUCUCGAAGGAACUGACCUAUAUCUCGCUGCACACGUACAAUUUGCCCGCCAAGGCGAUUUUCCAUAUCCUUCUUGGAGACGACUCCAUCUUGUUCCGUGAGUUGUCCCCCAUUGCGCGGUUGCAGAGUGUUCUGAAGAAGAGUUGGAACACGGACCCUCAGGGGAAAUUGUUCCGGAAGUUCAAUGCCACCGUCACGUACUACACCAGAAAGAGGGCCGUGAUCCAGUUCCAACAACGGAUCGACGAGAUGAGAAACGACGAGUAUUACACAUUCACCCACUCGAAGAGCAAGUUCAAGCUUUUGAUUGGGUCUCCAUUUGGCAUCAAGUAUCGAGUGGUGAUCAUUUCCAUGGGUAAGCAGAAGUCAAGGGUCUUCAUCUAUGGAGCACCAGAGUUUGAAGGAAAGCUGCCGGUGUUAUGGUUAACAAAGGCCAUUUGUUCUCAAUUCACACAACUGGACGUACGUUCAUUACACCGAGCCAUUGGAGACGCCGAGAAGGCCAUCGGCACCCAUGGCCAAGUGGUGAAGGCGAUCUACAUGUAUGGUAAGCUUACACGUUCUACAUAUGCUGAGGAUACCCCUGACGUCGAAGCGACGUACUUUGGGCUCCUCUCCGCGCUCCGUCUCGUCUUCCACCGGGCAAUGUUACUCCUUUUGCGGUUCUCUGCACUCUUCAUUCAUUUCCUAGCAAAUGCCAUCAUCACCCUUAUCAAGGGGAUCAGAAUGAAUCAGUUCAUCAUCAUUUUGUUGGUUGGGUCGGGGCUUCUAAACCUUUGUAUGUUGGGGAAGACCACCCAAUCGUAUUGGCACGCUAGACGCGUUUCCAAGAUCGCCAGUGAGUUCCUUGCGUCGGACCCCUGGGUGUUACAAAGGGCCGUUUAUAUCAAGGACACAGAAGACAUGCUCCAGGUAAUCCGCACCCCGGAGUCGAUGAACGACAGUCGCUGCUUUGACAUGUUCAAGAAGACAUCCUUCUCGCUAAAUCACGAGAGGUAUCCACAAUGGAACGCCGAGUACGGCGAUGCAGACACCCGUGAAGUUGCCCGAAACUUGAAGAAAUCUCUUCAAGAGAUUGGAAUCAAGAGGAAUGAACUCUUGGUGAACCUCAAGAUGUUGAAUCUGAUGGAAGAAGAGAUUGCACAGGGAGAAUGGAAAAACUGGCUCUUGAGUGAGAUCCAACGAUGCGAGUAUGUCAUGGAGUCUGACAUGGAGGUGAAUGACGAAGGGGUAGACCAGAUAAUAGAGUAUUGUAGAGGCUGCACUUCCGAGCUCCAGCACUUGUCGUUGUUGUAGAACGAAGCCUCGCAAAGUCUUAGAUAUGUAAUUGUAUAAGAAUGAAACAGAAAACUACUACAGAG